AAUUUGCUCGUUUCAAAGCAUGCGUAGUAAAGGCUGCUGCCAGUAAAAAUAUACGAUUGUAAACAAUGAAUAAUAAUUGAAAACUAGUAUGUCUGAUUCGUGAUUUAAUUGUCACUUGUAUUCUAAACAUUCAUUUUAAUUCAUUUAAAAUGGAUUUGUCGUUGUUUAAAAAGCAUUGCAUAAUUGCUUUUUUUCUGAGAGUAAUAUUAGUGGCAUAUGCAAACUUUCAUGAUAGUUAUUUUAAUGUGUCGUAUACAGACAUUGAUUACAAAGUAUUCACAGAUGCUGCGAGACACAUAACAGAAGGUGAUACACCAUUUAAGCGUCACACCUAUCGAUAUACACCAUUGUUAGCUUUUCUUUUGAUUCCAAAUGUUUAUGUACAUAAAGACUUUGGUAAAAUUUUCUUUUCUCUAGUAGAUAUUGUAGUAGCAGUCUUAAUAAGAAGAAUACUUACGCGACAAAAAUGGAACGAUAAGGUAGUAACUAUUAGUGUAUUUCUCUGGUUGUAUAAUCCACUUACAAUAGUUAUUUCUACCAGAGGCAAUGCAGAUUCUUUAGCAGUACUACCAGUUAUUUUAACAUUAGAUUUUCUACAAAGAGAUCAAUUUCUUCUGGCUGGAUUAAUUCAUGGAUUUUCUGUACAUUUCAGAUUAUAUCCAAUAAUAUUUAGCCUGGCUAUGUUUCUAUCUAUUAACAAAUAUAACCGUUUUAUACCGAAUCUAAAUCAAUUUAAAUUUGUUAAUGGAUGCGCAUUUUCUUUACUAGUAUUAAUUGGGUUUAAUUAUAAACUUUAUGGUUAUCAAUUUCUAUACGAAAGUUUUCUCUAUCAUUUGAUAAGAAGAGAUGCUAAACACAAUUUUUCAGUAUAUUUCUACAUGUCCUAUUUGUCAUCUGGAAUCGAGCCGAAUUUGUUAAAAAAAGUUUUAACAUUAUUACCGCAAAUAAUGUUAUUGCUAUCAUUGUCGUAUAAAUACUCGGAUAAAUCUAAUCUACCGUUUGCGUUAUUUACUCAGGCAAUGGUAAUUGUUAUGUACAACUCGGUAAUGACGUCUCAAUAUUUCUUUUGGUUUUUAUCGCUUUUACCACUUUGCUUACCAAAUAUAAAAAUGAGUAAUUUUAGAUCCAUAAGUUUAAUUUGUGCUUGGAUUUUGAGUCAAGGUAUAUGGCUAUUUUUUGCUUAUUUGUUAGAAUUUCAAGGCAUUAAUACGUUUUUAUUUAUAUGGAUUUCCGGACUUUUGUUUUUUACUACGAACGUUAAAAUUUUGAUGGAUCUUAUUCGAUGUUACAAGGCAUCAUAAAUCUUCUCUAGUUAUAUCUUAUGUACCUAGUUAUAUAAAUUAUCUAAUUAGAAAAAGAAAUAGUUGUAAUAUUCGCAUUUCAUAAAAUUGUUAAUACGAAAUGUUAAAUUUAUUUUGACUUUGAAUAAACGAUUGAAGAAUA